CAUAGUUUACGGUCCGGGGCCGCCUGUCAGCCUGCAUAUGAGGGUGCUGCUUCCCGCUGCUCGGCUCGGAUAGUCGGGGGAUGCAGCCGGGAUGGAGUUGAAACACAGAAACAGCAAAGUGUUGGGCAGAGUUUGAGACAAAGGGAGGGGGCUCGGCGUAAGUUCCGUAAGUGAACUGACCGCCCGGUGAGUUACAGUUUUAAAUUGUUUAAGUCGAGGGGGAAGCAGAAUUAAAGUCGGAGCGGAGAUGAAGCUGCUAAAGCCGAGCUGGGUGAGCCACAACGGCAAACCUAUAUUUUCCAUCGAUAUCCAUCCAGAUGGAACGAAGUUUGCGACCGGUGGCCAAGGGGAGGAUUCUGGGAAGGUGAUGAUCUGGAACAUGGCUCCAGUUCUCAGAGAAGAUGAUGAAAAGAAUGAAAAUGUCCCCAAAAUGCUCUGCCAGAUGGACAAUCACCUAGCCUGUGUGAACUGCGUGCGCUGGUCCAACAAUGGUCUUUAUCUGGCGUCAGGAGGCGACGACAAGCUGGUCAUGGUGUGGAAGAGAGCUGCGUUGAUCGGUCCCAGCACCGUGUUCGGGUCGAGCAACAAGCUGGCCAACGUGGAGCAGUGGAGGUGUGUCACCAUCCUGAGGAACCACACUGGAGACGUGAUGGACGUGGCGUGGUCUCCUCACGACGUGUGGCUGGCCUCCUGCAGCGUGGACAACACCAUCGUCAUCUGGAACGCUCGCAAAUUCCCAGAGAUGGUCACAUGCUUGCGAGGACACACGGGGCUGGUCAAAGGCCUGACGUGGGACCCAGUAGGGAAAUACAUCGCCUCCCAGGCUGACGACCACAGUCUGAAGGUGUGGAGGACCGUGGACUGGCAGAUGGAGGCUAACAUCACCAAACCAUUCACAGAGUGUGGCGGGACGACCCAUGUCCUGCGUCUGUCCUGGUCUCCGGACGGUCAGUAUCUGGUGUCGGCUCACGCCAUGAACAACUCGGGCCCCACCGCUCAGAUCGUGGAGAGGGACGGCUGGAAGACAAAUAUGGACUUUGUGGGCCACCGUAAAGCCGUCACAGUGGUGAAAUUCAACCCAAAGAUCUUUAAGAAGAAGCAGAAGAACGGCAGCUCUCCGAAGCCCGGCUGUCCGUACUGCUGCUGCGCUGUGGGCAGCAAGGACCGCUCACUCUCAGUCUGGCUGACCUCAUUGAAGCGUCCUCUGGUGGUCAUCCAUGACCUUUUUGACAAAUCAAUUAUGGACAUUUCCUGGACUCUGACAGGGCUGGGGAUGUUGGUGUGUUCGAUGGACGGCACUGUGGCCUAUCUAGACUUUUCUUUAGACGAACUGGGAGACCCGCUGAGCGAGGAAGAGAAGAACAGCAUCCAUCAGAACAUCUACGGUAAAAGUCUGGCCAUAACCAACACCGAGGCUCAGCUGUCCACCACCAUCAUCGAGAACCCCGAGAUGCUCAAGUACCAACAGGAGCGACAGAACUCCGCUCAGGCCAACGCCGCAGCAGCCGCCGCCACCGGCGCCGGACCAGAAUCCUCCGCUCCCAAAGUCAACAGCGUGAUGAACGGAGAGUCUCUGGAGGACAUCAGGAAGAACCUUUUAAAGAAGCAAGUGGAGACGAGAACAGCGGACGGAAGAAGACGGAUCACUCCACUUUGUAUCGCUCAGCUGGACACGGGGGAUUUCUCACCAGCUCUGUUCAACAGUGCUCCUAUUCUGCCCUCGGGCUCCUCCAUGUCCAACCAGCUGGCCCCCCAGCUGAACUCUGACUCCAGCCCAGGACAGCCUUCUUCUCUGGCUCUCAGGCCCAACCAGGACGCUAUGCUGACCUCACCGCCUGCCAGCAGCGUCAACAAAGGCCUGGAGGACAACAACGAUGGAGUGAAGUCCAGUCUGCUGCUCACAUCCGCCUCUAAGAUCGAGCCCAUGAAAGCCCUGGACUCCCGGUUCACAGAGAGAUCAAAGGCCACCCCGGGGAUCACGUCGGCCAUCUCCUCCACUGCAGGACUCACGCCUCUGGAGAGCAGGCCGAAGGACGGCGGCUCCGCCCUGAAAGACGCCAAAACCAAAGAAGAGACGAGCAGCGACAGCGAGGACAAAAUGGCGGCCAUCAACAAAAAUCUGGUGUUUGGGAAGAGAAAACCGGAGCUGCUGAUGGAGGGAGGAGAGGUGGUGGAGAAGAGGAAGAAAGGGCGGCCGAGGAAAGACAAAAUGGCCGCCCCCGUCCCUCAACCUUUCACCCAGAUAACUUCUCCACCUGAGCGAGAGCCCAGCAGGGUGGGGGCUCCUCCAGCUCCGGUUCUUCUAAAGCUACCAAGUCCAAGUGUAAAAAAGUCCUUCAGCCUGCAGGUGAGCAUGGAGCCGUCGGUGAUCCUGGAUGUGGAGAAUGAGGUGUCUGUGGUUGCUGGUUCAAAGCUCAGUCAGCUGCGAUGCUCCAGAGACGGACGGGACUGGAACACCCUGUUGCCCAGCUCCAUCGUCGUGGCCGCGGGGAGCAGCGACGUCCUUGCCGUCGCCUGUGAGGACAGGAUGUUGUCGGUGUUCUCCUGUUGUGGGAGGCGGCUCCUCCCCUCCAUCCAGAUGGCCACGCCCAUCUCCAGCCUACAUUGCUCCGCCCACUUUGUCAUGGUUCUGACUGCUGGAGCAGCGCUGUUUGUCUGGGAUGUUCAUAAACAGAAGGCUUUGGUGAAAAAUGAGUCGUUACUGACCAUUUUAUCUGGUGCUGACACUACAGUGUCUCAGUCUCUGCUGACUCAGCAGGGAAUCCCGGUGGUGGGGUUGUCCAACGGGAAGUCUUAUUGCUUCAGCUCCUUGUUGGAGUCGUGGACUCUGAUAGCAGAUAAAGGAGACUCUCUGGUGCAGUGCGCCGACUUCAGGAGCUGCCUUCCUUCCCAGGAUGCACCUGUGUCCUCAGGACCUCUAGCUGUCAUGCAGGGCCGGAACCUCAACGCCGGCCGGUUGGCGUCCCGCCUCUCGUCCACGCCGCACCACCUGCAGCAGAGCAUGACGCUGGCCUUCCUGGAGAACCAGCUGGCGUCCGCUCUGACUCUGCAGUCGUCACAGGAGUACCGCUACUGGCUGCUCAUCUACGCACGUUUCCUCGUCAACGAAGGCUCAGAGUAUCGUCUGCGGGAGCUCUGUAAGGAGCUGCUGGGUCCCGUCCACAGAUCGGCUGCUACGUCCUGGGAGCCCACCACUUUGGGGCUGCGCAAGCGGGAACUCUUGCGGGAGGUUUUACCCGUCAUCGGCGAAAACCUGCGAUUUCAGAGACUCUUCACCGAGUACCAGGAUCAGCUGGAGCUGCUGCGCAACAAAUAACACGCACUAAUCCACACACACAGACUGACCUGAACACACACACACACACACAGAGACUGAAUCCGGAAGCUGAAGCGCUGCUGCAGCCGCGGCCCGAUAAACACAGCCAGGCUGAGGCUUCUGUCGUUUGUUUUCCUUCAGGUUUCACUUUGAAAUCAACGUUUCUGUUUUUGUUGUCUUUUUAAAUGUGCGACCGGCACACCUGCCUCUUAUCCUGCUAAUCAUGUUGAGGGAGGCAGAUCCAAUCUGAGUUUCUCUUAAAGGAGUCAGAACGUAUGUUUUCAGCAAAGGGACGUUUUAACUGUAGCAUCAUGAAACGCCGCUCGGUUUCACGCUGCUACAGUUAAAGAGUGGAUUUAAAAAAUGCAGCGGAGUGUUUAAAAAUACUCAAAAAGCACUUAAUAUUUUGUUUAUGGCAAACAAAAGAGCAUACAAUAAACACUUUUUAUUUUCUACAGCGAAGCAGGGAGCACCCGAGUCAUCGCGUCAGAAUAAACAAUAAAAUGCAAAAAAUGAUAAAAUCAAAUGUUUCUUUUUCUUGCUCUGCAGGACUCCUGUGUUACAGACUGUUAAAAUCAAGUCCGCUGAGCUUCAGCUUCAUUGUUAGAAAUCAGAUCAUGAGUCUUUCUAUUUAAACAACUGCAGUUGGAAGUAAUGAAGUAAAAAAAAAAAAACACACACAAUCCUGACUUUUAAAAUGUUUUUUUGUUUUAUUUUAAGUUAUUUGAAGUCGGUCGUGUGAAGCAGCUGCUGCCUCCGGCAGGUUGUUGAACAUUCAGCUGGUUCAGCAGCUGCAGGAACACUCCUCUGCAGCUCAGUGUUAACCCCACCAAACAUUCAUCUGUACAGUCUCUUUAUUUGUGGGCUUUUUUUUUUCUGCUUAUUUUUUUGUUGUCAUUUUCAACUGUUUGUAUAAAAAUAAUGUCCUUUUUUUUGUUUGUUUUGUUUUUAAUAAGAAAAGGAGAAAAAUAUAGAAAUUAGCUGAAUUUUUUGCUUUGGAUGAAAGAAGGUUGGAAUAAACGAAGGCUUUGGUAAA